UAUCCGCUACUCGCACAGGCCGGUGCAGCUACAAUUGUUGUCGCCAUUCCAUUCUAACCUUCAGAGUCGACAAGGCCACGGAUCCAAUCUUGUCAAGUUACAAAAGCCUUUUGCCCGUCAAAGCAGUCGCUCCUGGACGCCCUCCCAGUUGUGGUUCCAUCCACACUCCCCACACUGGGUCGCGGGGAUUUUCCGGGAAUCAUCAUGCUGCGACUUGUUCAGUCGUUGACAUAUCACGCACCUCAGCAACCCCCACCCCCUUUCCUUCCCGCCGUGGGUCCCUCGGCCUGAGCGCCCCAGGACUCGCCGCCUUUCCUUUCCCACGCAAGUGGUGAUAUCUGGCUCGCGUCCAGUGCGUGACCUGCAUCGGCGCGCCUUGACAUUGGCCGUGCCGCAGAUCAGGCGCACCGCCACCAUGAUGAGCAUGAUGCCUCUUCCCAUCGACAAACUUAGCGUCCAGUUUGCCGAUGAUGAUCAGGAUGAAGCCGACGCAUGGUCGGGCCUCGACCUCUCAGGCAAAACACUGUCCAGCCUGGGCCAGGGCCUCUUUCGCAUGACGUACAUUACACACUUGUACAUUGCGCAAAACGAUCUCGAGUUCUUGCCCGCGGCCAUCGCGGGCUUGGUCAAUCUUCGCGUGCUUGACGCUUCAUACAACAAGCUCCGUGCUCUGCCCCCGGAGAUGCACAAGCUCAAAGAGCUGCGUGAGCUCAAGCUGGAUGGCAACUUGUUGCCCAAACUGCCCUUUGAACUGGGUCGACUUUAUCAGCUACAACAGCUCUCCUUGGGUGGGAACCCCUUGACCGAGCCCAUUCGUUCCUACGCAGCCGAGGGCACAGACACCCUGCUUAGCCAUCUUCUGGACAACGCUCCAAGUAAGAGCAGUGCACGUGCAAUCCCUCCCCUGGUUGCCCUGACUCCACCCCAGCGCAACUGGAUUUUCCCAGCAACCAUGCCGCAGGACAUGGGCGAGCUGCCCAAAGACACCGUUACCUCAUUCUGCUACAACAUUUUGUGUGAAAAAUAUGCCACUCGCCAGGUGUACCGCUACUGUCCUUCUUGGGCUCUCGAGUGGAAUUAUCGAAAGCAGCAAAUUCUCAAGGACAUUUUGCAGUAUAGCUCUGACAUCAUUUGCCUGCAGGAGGUUGCUUCGGGUCAAUUCUACAGCUACUUUCAACACAAGCUGCGCGAGCGGGAUUACCAGGGGCUCUACCAUCCCAAGUCGCGUGUGCGCACCAUGAGUGAUGCGGAUCGCCAAACCGUCGAUGGUUGCGCCAUCUUUUUCCACGUCUCCAAGUUCAAGCUCGUGAAGGAGCACUGCAUCGAGUUUGAGCGUUCGGCCACGCGCUACGCUUCAGGCUGUGCUGACAUGCUCAACCGCGUUAUGAUCAAGGACAACAUUGCGCUGUGCGCCCUUCUCGAACGCCAGUCAACGGGCGAGAAGUUUUUUGUCUGCAACUUGCACUUGACCUGGGAUCCCAAGUUUCGGGACGUCAAGGUGAUCCAGACGGUCUUGGCUUUGCGUGAGAUUGAAAACUUUUUGAAGGAACACAACUGCCCCAACAUCCCCGUCAUGAUCAUGGGCGACUUCAACUCGAUGCACGACUCGGGCGUGUACGAGCUCAUGGAGAAUGGCAAGUAUUGUGUGCAACCUUUGAUGGGGGAAGACUGGGGGUAUGACUACUCCAAAUUUAUCGAGAGCGUGGGCUUGCACCACAAUCUGAAGCUGCGCAGCGCCUACGGCAACGAGCUGCCCUACAGCAACUACACACCAACCUUUGUUGGCAUCAUUGACUACAUUUGGUACUCUGCCGAGCGCCUCAUUCCUUCGGCGCUUUUGGGUCCAGUGGAAGAGGCGUAUAUUCAGGAGCAUGUUGACGGGUGCCCCAAUCCCCAUUUUGCUUCGGAUCACUUGGCGCUUUCAGCUGAAUUCCGCAUCAAUAAGUCUGGAGAGUAG